AUGUCUUCUAGUGAUGAUGAUGACAGAAAUAUUGAGAAUGUGUUUGAUAUUGCACAGGAUUUAGUAAGAUCUGGUAAUGAAUCAGAGAGUUCGCUUGACAAUUUAAAUAGUGAUUCAGAUAGUGGAAGUGACAGUGAGAUUGAAAUUCAAGAUGAGAUUUUAUCUUCGAGUGAUGAGGAGUCCUCAAAUAAUAGAAAAAAGAGUGAGAAAAAGACCCUGGGUUUAAAAGAAAUGCCCAAGAUUAACUUAUCGGAUGAUGAGGAUGAUGAUAGUGGAGAUGAAAAAAUCACCAAUCUUACCGCUGAUUCAUCGUCCAGUGUAAAGAAACCCAAGAAUGGGUCAUUUGCAUCAUUUGGACUUUCUAAAAACAUAGUAAUUAAUAUAUCCAAGAAAGGAUAUAAGCAACCAACGCCUAUUCAAAGGAAGACUAUUCCAUUAAUUAUCCAAGGGAGAGAUGUUGUUGCAAUGGCAAGAACUGGGUCGGGCAAGACAGCAGCAUUUAUUUUGCCACUUGUGGAGAGAUUAAAAGUUCAUUCAGCCAAAAUUGGUUCAAGAGCUAUUAUUUUAUCGCCCACUAGAGAAUUAGCGCUACAAACAUUUAAAGUUGUUAAAGAGUUUUCAAAGAAUACGGAUUUGCGAAGUGUUUUAUUAGUUGGUGGUGAUUCAUUGGGGGAUCAAUUUAGUUCGAUUCUAAGUAAUCCAGAUAUAAUAGUUGCCACACCUGGGCGAUUUUUGCAUCUAAAAGUUGAGAUGAGUUUAGAUUUAAAGACGGUUGAGUAUAUUGUAUUUGAUGAAGCAGAUAGAUUAUUUGAGAUGGGAUUUAGCGAGCAAUUGAAUGAGUUAUUAGUUGCGUUGCCUUCGAAUAGACAAUCGUUGUUAUUUUCGGCCACAUUACCAGGGUCGUUGGUUGAGUUUGCUAAAGCAGGGUUGAGUAAUCCUGUUUUAGUUCGAUUAGAUUCUGAGACUAAGAUUUCUGAUGAUUUGCAAAUGGCGUUUUUAAGUGCAAAGAAAAGUGAGAAGGAGUCUAUAUUAUUGUAUUUAUUGCAAAGGGUUAUCAAGGUUCCGUUUCCAAAUGAGGAGGAUAUUAAGAGGAUUAAAGAGUUUGAUAAUAGUGCAUAUGAGAAUGAUGAAUCCGAAUCUGAUUUUGAAUCGGAAGAAAAGGAUAAAAAAAAAAAUAGAAAAUUUAAUAAUAAGAGCAAUAAGAAGAAUAAUAAUAAUAAAAGAAAAUAUAGGAAACCAGUUGUGAACCAAGUUAUAUCUAAGCAUUCUACUAUUAUUUUCGUGCCCACACGACAUCAUGUUGAAUAUGUUAGCAAUUUAUUGAUUAAAUUUGGAUAUAGUAUAAUUUCUGGUAUUUAUGGCUCAUUAAACCAAGUGGCUAGAAAUAAGGAAAUUAAAAAGUUUUCUUAUGGAUUAAGUUAUAUAAUGGUUGUUACAGAUGUUGCAGCUAGAGGAAUUGAUAUACCGAUGUUAUCCAAUGUUGUAAAUUUUUCAUUACCAAGUUCAUCUAAGAUAUUUAUUCACAGAAUUGGUAGAACAGCCAGAGCAGGUAAUAAAGGGUGGGCAUAUUCGAUAUUAGAGAAACAAGAAUUGCCGUAUUUAUUAGAUUUAGAGAUCUUUUUGGGAAAAAAGGUAUUGUUAACGACAAUGCAUGAGAAAAAAUGCGAGAUAUUAAAGGAUAGAAUAGAGGAAGCAGAAGGAAAAGGAAAGGAAGAUGAAAACGUGGGUGAGUUUGUUGAACCGAUAGUAUCAUACAAUGAUAGAUUGGUGCUAGGGUCUGUGCCUAGAAUGGAGUUGGAAGAUUAUAUUGAGAGUUUCAAUGGUAUAAUUAAGAGUAAUUAUGAAUUGCAAACUCUUCAAGAUGUGUCUAAAAAGGGAGAGAAAUUGUACUUGAGGACAAGAGUUGCAGCAUCUAAUGAAUCGAUAAAGCGAUCUAAAGAGUUGGUCAACAAUGGUUGGGAUGAACAAAAUCUACUUUUUGGCAAAAACUUGGAAAAAGAAAAGGAUAUUUUUUUGCAAAAAUUGCAAAACCGGAAAAAUAAGAUUACAGUGUUUGAAUUUAAUAAGAACAAUGAAGAAAUGAUUGAGUUUAUGAACAAAAGAAGAAGACAAAUUGCACCCAUAAGAAGAAAAGCCGAAGAAAAGAAAAAACUAUUAGAAAAGGAAAGAAUCGCAGGGCUAACACACAAUAUUGAAGAUGAGAUUCUCCAAGGCAAAAACGUGGGGGGAGAUGAAGUUGGAUACAGUGUUUUAAGAAAUGCCAAAGGUGAUGAGGAAGAUGGCGAGAGCAUGUUGAACGGCUUUGAAACUGCUGAAGAUGUGAAGCACCAAAACAGGCAAAAGCAAAAGAGAAAGACAUUCAAAGACGCCAACUAUCUCUCGCAUUAUCCCUCGACGGCCAGCAUCCAGGACCGACAAUUGGCGGUGAACGACAACACCAGCGGCGGCUUUUUGAACGGCAUGCUGGACGCGCGCUUUGACUUGGACAACGACGACAAGGUGCAGGUGAACAAGCAGACGAUGCGCUGGGACAAGAAGAAGGGCAAGUACAUCAACUCCAAGUCUACCGACAAGAGGUACAUUACGGGGGAGAGUGGCCAGCGAAUCCCAGCGUCCUACAAGGCUGGUAAGUUUAACGAGUGGCGACAGAAGCAGCACAUCUCCAGGGCUAGCUUGCGGGCCGGCGCGCGCGAAAACACCGACGCUGCUUCCUCUGGUGCUUUUGCCGCCGGGGCCGAAGACAACCACGGCCGCCGGUUCAAGCACCGCAAGGUGACCGCACCCCGACAGCCCGACAAGUUCCGCGACAAUUACCAGGCCCAGCGCAAGAAGGUUGAGUCCGCGGUCGACCGUGGUGUAGCGGUAAAGGGCUUUGUCAAGGCUGGUACCGGCCGCAGAGAGCUUCGGAGCGCGGAGGAAAUUCGCAAACAGCGGGAGCUCAAGGAGAGACGUCGCGCAAAAAACGCGCGACCUAGCAGAAAGAAACGCUAG